AUGCGCAUGGAGGACAGCCGCCUCCCCAAGCGCAUGCUGUUGGGAGCGAUGGCGGGGGGCGUGGGAUACCGGGGCGGGCAGGAGAGCGACUGGGUGUCUCGUCUAGGAGCGGACCUCGUGGCCUUCAACACGGGAGACGAAAAGGAAGGGGGUAAAUGGAACGAGAGCGCCAAGGAUCCGGAGGUGUGGUACAACAAGGUCGAGGACAGGGCGGCAUGGUUCAUGAGGAAAUGGCACAGGCAGGAGGCGGAAGCGUCCGUGAAGCGCCAGAUCGCGAGGGAAGCAGAAGCAGAGAGUACGGCCAUCUCAGGACCGAAGAGAACGAGAGCCGGGGAGGCGGCGGUGGGGGCGACCGGGCACUGCUGUAGAAGCGAGUAG